GACAGAGCCAUGUCUGACAUCCUCGCUCACUGAAAGAAGGAAGGAUUGAUACAAAGCCAGUGCGUCCGAGCAGAAGAGAAAGAGGGGAAAGGAGGGAGGGAAGGGCAGAGGGAAUAAAUGCAAAAAAGACAAGCAGAGAAAAAAGGGGUGAAAAAGAUGCACAAGAGCUGCAUCAGUUCUCGUCCGCAAGGAACAAAAAACAUUGUGUUCGUGAAUGGGAGCUGGUGAGCUCAAGCACAAGGCGAGUGCAAUGAGAAACCAGGCAGACUUCAGUAGCUGAACACCAAUCCUCCCUCCCUCUGUCUCUCUCUGUCACUCUCUGCCAGCUAGGACUGAGCCUGGGUAUGAUUUAAGGGAACGGUUCAGGGCUUUUGAUUAGGAUUUGGUAGCUUUAUGUUUUAGGAAUAUGCUGCCGGAGAGGAUUUGAACGUGCUGUUAUUUCUGAUUGAACACAGUGUGCGACGUGGAGACGCCUCUGGUUGCUGCUUUCAGGGCUGCUCACCUCCCUGCUGUCUCUGGCUGUGUUUGGGGCUAUGGUCCUGACUGAGAAGCAGAGCAUCACCCAGAUGCGGGGCUACGACUGUAUGGGGGGGUUAAGCUUGUAAACACCAGCAUGGGAGCCAAACAGAUGAAAUGCCUCAGCUCAGCCAGCCCUGCUCACUCCCCGAAAGAGGAGUAUGUUAUCACCCAGUUCGCUGACACCCCUAAAGAAGAAACACUGCAUGAUCAGUCUGAGGACCAGGGGGAACCUCAGGAUGACAAAUCUGAGCUGACAGAGAAGAAAUCUGUCACAGAGGAUGUGUCUCUGUGUGGAUUGUGUCCCUCCCUCGGGCACGAUGUGCAGGAGGAAGAGAAGUCCUGGGAGGAGCAGCUGGACGCCCACCAGGAGCAGCUGGAGAAGGAGAUGCAGGAGGCCAGGAGGAUGGUGUUCCGCCUACAGGCGUUGCUGCUCCAUGGCUCCCUCCCCGAGGAGGACCAGGAUGGAUCUGUUAGCUUCGGAGAUAACCGGGCCAACGCCGAACAGCAGCUGGUUCUAAUCCGCAGUCGUCUGGACCAAAGCAUGGAGGAAGCCCUUGAUCUCAAGAGGGAACUCCUGAGAAACAAGCAGGAGGCACGCCACCUUCAGGCCAUCAAGGAUGCUCUGCAGCAGCGCCUGGCAGUGCAGGAGGAUGCUGUGCUGCAGCUAAAGCAGGAGCUACUGAGGUGCAACAUGGCCAAAGAUCAGCUGGAAGGGGAAAAUGUAGACAUCAAACGCAAGUUGAGUGAACGAAACAAAUUACUUAGUGAAUAUGAGCAGCAGCUCGGGAGGAAGGACCGAAUACUGCAGCAACAGCAGCAAAAGCUCGAUGAAGCUCAACAUAAAGCACAUGAAGUCAGCCUCGGACGGUCAUUCAGGAGUGAAAGCGGUGGUUACUCUAACUCAGUGACUUCGACAUCUCCUGCAGUAUUCAAACACAGUGCACCAGGGGAAGAGCUGCAGCUGGUCAGGGAGGCACUGCGCAGUUUGAGGGACAGCUUCUCCGGCCAUGACCCCCAACAUCACACCCUGGACACCUUGGAGCAGGGCGUGGCCAGUCUCAUGGACCGAUUACUCACUGUGGACAGCCAGCGCAGACAGGACAAAGGGGAGGAAUUUAAAUCACCGGGACGCAGAGCCAACUCGACAGACCGUGACUCCUGGCCACAGAGCUCAAAAAUGGCGCACUCACACAGCAGCCCGGGACUAGACACCGCAUUCUCCACUAAAGUGCUCUACUUCACUGAUCGCUCGCUCACUCCGUUUCUGAUUAACAUCCCAAAAAGGCUGGGUGAGGUGACACUGCGGGACUUCAAGGCCGCUGUGGACAGACAAGGCAGUUUCAGAUACCACUUCAAGGCCCUCGACCCAGAGUUUGGCACAGUGAAAGAGGAGGUAUUCCAGGAUGGAGCUGUCGUGCCUGGCUGGGAGGGGAAGAUUGUAGCGUGGGUGGAAGAGGACCACGGAGAGAGGAGGUAGAGCCCUAAAGCCACAGAUCACCACUACAAACCUCAGUUGUUCCCACUGGACCAGGAUUUCACUGAAAAUACGUGCGAUGCCAUAAUAGAGAAAAUAAUACAGUUAACUGGGACCAAUGGAUGUAACACCAUUUCGAUACAAAACCAUGUUUUGAAAGCGAAUGUUUCAUAUGAAGAAUUUGACUUUGACAUUUGGGUACCACUUUCUUUUAUUUUUUGAAGGAAUGGAUAUUACACAUUGUUUGCAGCUCAUAAAUUAAUGUGUGAGACUACCUAUUAAUGGUCAGUAAUGUGAUACUUGAAACUGAAAGCUUCAAAUGUUAUAAGCUGUGCUCUAAAAAGCUGUAAUCGGUGCAUAGUAUGCAAAACUCAAAGUAAAAGUGUUUACUGACAUUUUCCACACGUUCCAGAUUGCCAAAUAGUGAUGUUGUUGUUCUGCAUCAAUUUUGAUGUUUUAAUAAACAUGAAUUAUUGCAUGGA